AUGGCGGGUGCCUUUACCUUUUCCCCUUUUCCCCAUCAUCACACACAAGGCAUCAUACCAAAGAAACGGUGCCCAAAGAAACGAAACCGCCAUCUACAUCUGCCAUGCAACUCAAGGUAUGGACUUCCGCAGCGGUGCGGCAUUAAGGUGGCGGACGAUAACAGUAGUCGCUUUAGCCGCCUGCAGCUAACAGUAGCCGAAACUGGGAAGCAGCACCUCGAUGCACCUUUGUGGUCGGUAUACGACCCACUGCUGCCGGGGGGGGCGCCCAUCCAGCGAUGCAAGUGGACCCUGCGGGACUCAGUGAACACCGUGAUAGGCCACAUGAGGGAGCACGUUCCUCGCCGUGGCGAACUGGAGUCCGUGUUGCAGCUGUACGCGUCCAUGUUGCCAGAGCGCCACGUUCUCCCUACAUCCCUGUACAUGAUCAACCGCCUGGCAGGCGUCCGCAGCUGGUACUCCUUGAAGGACGUCGCGGGGCGCGCUGUCUGGGAGCCAGUGCACUGGUUCAUCUACUCUGGCAUCGAGGAGGUGGUCCAUACGGAGUUCUUCACCAACCCACAGUUCUGUCAGGAGCACGGGCAGUUCCACGGGGAUGCAACCCCCGGCUCGUCUCAGUGGCAAGGCGAGUGGGUGGAGUCGCUGAAAUCCUACGCUGGCGGCAUAGCCCUGCACCCAGACAGCUCUAUCUAUGACAUCAGCAUCGACUGGAUUGCACCCUACAACUCUACACAGCACAGUAUUGGCAUCCUGUUCAUCCGUUGUGCGGACAUGGACCCCCAUAACAAGGGCAAGAUCUGGAAUCAGCGUGUCAUCGCCAUCAUCCCCGGCCCCAGGAUGCCGUCUGUCCUCCACCCCUACCUCCAGCCCAUCGUCGACGACCUCCUCCGCCUUGCCAGUGAUGGCAUGCGUGUCUCACCUGCUGCUGCGCCUGCUAAUCCGGAGGCUGCAGAGGGUGCUGCAGCUGGUGGUGCUGGAGGGACAGCUGUGGGCGGCAUGGCUGACGGGCAGGCGCCUGCUGAUGGUGACCUCCGGGGCACAUGGCCCUUUCAGCACCGGGUAUUCCUGGGCCAGGUGCUUGCAGACACACCCGCCAGGGCAAAGGUGGCAUGCGGCAACGGCCAGAACAGUCGUGUCGGCAGCUGCAUGUGGUGCCUAUUCGAGGCACACAUGGAGGCCAAUGUCGGGUGCGGGGCCACCGUGCGCUUCCGUGGCUACACCCAAGCAGUCAGCCAGCACUUCGUAAAGCGGAAUGCAGGCAAGAGCCUGAAGGUCGGCGCCCGGGCUCUCAAGAAGACCCAUCGGCAUUUCGUCAGCACGGGCGGUGUCAUGCAGGCGAUGUACAGGAUGCUCCACCUUGCUCCACACAAGAUCACACAGAAGCAGUUCGACGAGCCGGCGCUUCAGACUGGGUGCAAGGGCCUGACUGCCUUCGUGGCCCUGCCGUACAUCGACCUGUCGUGCCUCUUCACCGUCUCCACUGGCCAUGCCCUGCUGUUCAGAGUGGUCAGCAACUUUGUGGACUACACGCUGACAUCGCUCAAUGACAUCAAGCCAGCAGACCCAGAUGCCGAGCUGGUCAUGUCUCGUGAAGCACGCCAGCGGGUCGCGGCCCGUGGCCAGUUCCUGGUCGUGACUUCGGACUUCGGGCGGCGGUACAAAUGCAUCAUGCAGUACCGCAAGAGCUACCGCAUGGAGGACUGGCUGCACUUCGUCGAGACGUUCUCCAGCUACAUCUUCAAGGGGGACGUGCUGCCCGAGGCCUUGCGGGCCCUGUGGUGGAGCCUGUGCAGCGCGGUCACACACUACUUCUGGCCACGGCCCCCCGACAAGACCCGUGAGCAGUUCCUGGUGGCAGCCAAGGCGGCUGCAUGCAAGCUCAGAGCUUACACGACCAGGCUGGAGGAGUUGGAGGUGCCGGGCUACAUGUUCACGAUCAACCUGCACAUCUGCGUAUGCCGGCUGUACGACCAGGAGUGCCAACUUGGGUCCGCGGCAGGGUUCUCCGACCUGCCGGUGGAACGCAUGAUGCAGCAAAUGAAGAUGAAAGACGGAAGGAUGGUGUCGCAGGCACCUGAGAAGCACUACACGCAGUGGCUGUGCCUGAUGUGGGCCUCCGAGUCGCUCACCGAGGCAGACCAUGCGACCGGGGCCAAAUGCACGACCAACCAGCAGCUUGAGAGGAUGUUGGCAUGGCGCGCGGCCCGCUCCUUUUUGCAUGCCGAGGCACUCGAUGAGGAGCAGUACUUCAGGGCUGAGUACGGGCGCCAGCAGCAGCGGACCUCCUGCUGGGCAUGCUACCAGGCAGAAGUCGGCAACGAGGCUCGGACAUAUGCGGCCUACCUCAAGUACUUCGUCCACCUGCCCACGGAAGACGGCGCUCAGGAUGUCCACUUCGCUGUCGCAGAUGUGUACUCGGGACAGGUGUUCAGCGGGGGGCUGGUGGUGGUCAACAUGGCGGCCGCCCAGACAGCGAGGGCAGGCAGCCAGUGGGAGAUGUGGCAGCCUUCACUGCGCCUUCACUUCCAUUUGUUUCUUCUCCACCCAUGCCACCAGCUUCUCUACCGACAGCACAUUCCCCUCCGAGCAUGCAGUCAUCGAGCGGAUACAGUCUAUCCUUCUGCAACCAUCCUUGAGACUUGUGCCGGUAUGAGCCGGCUGCCUUGUAACCCUUUUGGAACCACCCAGACCACACAAAGGGUUUAA